UCCAAAAUGUCACAAAUCCCUCUAACACGAACAUGUUGUCAUUAAAAUAAUAUUGUGAAAAGUAUUUACAAGCGUAAGCCUGAAAGUUCUGUAUUUGCUCCGCAGGGAUUCAGAUCUUUCCAACACUUUGAUAUGUGAGUUUUCAUAACAGCGUGUGGCAGCUGACAGACCUCAGAAGUACCUCCAGAAGUGUCAGGUGAUGCCGACUUUGCAGGUGCAUGGGUCAAGAUGACUGCAGAAUUAUUUAGCGUGUCACGGGGAACAGCCUUGCUACCUUUGGCAGCAUAUGUCACAUACAAAAAAAAGCUGCUCUACCAAAGAGGAACUGUGGUGAAACCUUACAGAAAUGUUUAGAUGAGCAUUUAAUUCAAUGGUGUUUUCAGGAACUCAUGACAGAAGUGAAAUGUCAUGACCUCAGUCACCCAAUCUAAACAUCACUGAAUCUUUAUGGGAAUGCCCUGCCUUUCCUGAAGAACGCUCCAAAAUACAACUACAUUCUGUUUGGGACUUGAGAGUACUCCGUGAAGGACUGAAGCUGUUUUGAAGGCAAAGGGUAGCCUUACUCCAUAUUUACAUGCUUUAUUAAUAUAUUGUUAGGUGGUUUACUUUGGCCAGCCCUAAAUGACGGCAGCAUUUCUCAAAAGAUACACUAUGUCAUGUCCGAUCUUACUGUGGCAUCGUAACUUUCAAAUGCCCCAACUUGGGAAAGUCUGUCUCAUUUGUAUAGUGAGAUGUUCCUUUACCUCUGAGUGAAGAUUGCAGGCAUGCCAUGUCCAGUCACAGCGUGAGCCAUGUAUGAGCACUGGAUGUUAUCUUGACAAAUUGUUUAUGAGAAUCAGAUACGCUGGUUGUGUAAGCGGGGCAUCCUUGGUCAGGGUCCAGCCCACUCUUGAGUGAUGCUGUUUUUAUCUGUCUAGUGACAUUGACAGCUUUCUGGUCACAGUAUAUACAGGCAGGAUCUUUCUACUCCAGCAGAAUCUAAACUCUCUCCUCUGACGAAGGAAAUCUUUUCCAUUUUUACUUACAACCGAAACUAUGUUGCCUGCAACUUUUAAGCUUUGUGCAGGUAUCUCUUACGGACACAUGCGGAACAUGACGGGACUAAGGAAAACGGCGAUUGUCGCGUUGAGCCAUGAAAUGAAGAGGAUAGCAGGUCCUGGUCCCAAUCGCUGGAUCAGUCAGGUCCGCAGAAGAAGUUCUCUGAGUAGCGGCAGGGCUGAGGAGAUGCCUUACAGUGAAGCAGAGAUGUCCUACGUAAAGCAAGGAGAGGAGGCUCUCCAGAAGUCUAUUAGGAUCCUCAGUGACCAGGAUGGCUGGAAGACUGAGAUUGUGACGGAGAAUGGUGACAAAGUCCUGAGCAAGAUGCUCCCAGAUGUUGGCAAGGUGUUCAAACUGGAGGUGAUGUUGGACCAGCAGCCUGAUGAUCUGUAUGGAGAGCUGGUUGGCAACAUGGAACAAAUGGCCGACUGGAACCCCAAUGUGAAGCAGGUUAAGAUCCUUCAGAAGAUUGGUCAGGACACCUUAGUGACUCAUGAGAUGGCGGCAGAGACGCCUGGCAAUGUGGUGGGACCCCGGGACUUUGUGAGCGUGCGCUGUGCCAAGCGCCGUGGCUCCACGUGCUUCCUGGCAGGAAUGUCCACAAGCCAUCUGGGGAUGCCUGAGCAAAAGGGCUUUGUCAGGUGGGCUUUUUGUCAAAUGUCCACGAGCAAGGGAAAGGUGGAGAAGAUGCAGGACACUUACCCCUUGGUUAAAACCUGUGGUGACUGACAGCAUGUGAUAAUCCUGCCCACUGCCUUCUCUCUCCAUUAAGUACUGGAUUUCUGUUGUCAUGUACCAUUUAGAUAAAAUAUAAGACAAAAUAAUAAGGUAAAUUGAAAGAGUGAGUGAGACUGUG